UCCGCUUCACAGCGGGAGCGACCACUAGUGGCUCGGCUCGGCUCGCGUCCUCUUCCUCCUCGCAUCGCAUCGCAUCGCAUCGCCCAGAUCUCCCGCCGAGUUAGAUCCUAAUCCGAGGAGAGACUCGAGUCAUGGAGGAUUCUGCGCGGCCGACGCCCGCUGACUCCGGGGAGCUCCCCAACGGCGCGGGGAUGGCGGAGGAUGCGGUGGUGGCGCCCGACGCGGGGGAGGCUCCGGAGGAGGGGGAGGAAUCGGGAAUUGCGAACGAUUCGGAGACGAACGCGGCUCUGGGCGCAGAGGGCGAGCCCUCGCGGGCGCUCACCAUGCGGGAGCUGCUUGGGGAGCUCAAGGACAGCGGGGAGCCCUCGUCGGGGAGAUCCACGCUUUCGGAGGGCAAUGGGAUCGGAUCUGCCGGUGCGGAGCGCGCCAGCCAGGACAGCCUACAGUUCUCAUCCCAUCAUGAUGUUGCCAUGGACUUGAUAAAUAGUGUCACUGGAGUUGACGAGGAAGGUCGUUCUCGUCAACGCAUUCUUUCCUUUGCUGCCAAAAGAUAUGUUAGUGCCAUCGAAAGAAAUCCGGAAGAUCCAGAUGCAUACUAUAAUUGGGCCCUAGUCCUCCAGGAAAGUGCAGAUAAUGUGGAUCCUGAUUCUAGUUCUUCAAAAGAUUCAUUACUCGAGGAGGCUUGCAAAAAGUACGCUGAAGCUACACGACUCUGCCCAACGCUAUAUGAUGCAUAUUACAACUGGGCUAUUGCUAUUGCUGAUCGAGCCAAAAUGCGUGGACGUACCAAAGAGGCUGAAGAACUCUGGAAGCAGGCUAUAAUGAAUUAUGACAAGGCAGUCCAGUUAAAUUGGAACAGCCCCCAGGCCCUCAACAACUGGGGUUUGGGACUACAGGAGCUGAGCGCAAUUGUUCCAGCCCGAGAUAAACAAACAAUCAUAAAAACAGCUAUAAGCAAGUUUCGAUCUGCAAUCCAGUUGCAAUUUGAUUUCCACCGGGCUAUUUACAAUCUUGGAACUGUCCUGUAUGGGUUAGCAGAGGAUACAAUGAGGUCUGCAGGUCCAGAUGUCUCUCCAAAUGACUUGUACAGUCAGUCCGCCAUUUAUGUCGCAGCUGCUCAUGCAUUGAAGCCAAAUUAUUCAGUUUAUCGCAGUGCUCUACGUCUGGUUCGAUCAAUGCUACCUUUACCAUAUCUAAAAGCUGGGUAUCUAACUGCUCCUCCAGCAGACAACACCAUUGCACCACAUAAACAUUGGGAAAGGUCAGAAUUUGUCUUAAACCAUGAGGGACUCCAGCAGGUCGAUGCCUCUGAAAGCCCUUCUAGCAAACCCCUUGGACAUAUGGGGAGAAGCAAAAAAUAUAUUAAAGUAGCUGUUGAAGAUAUCGUUUCAGUGUCUGCAUGCUCCGAUCUAACACUGCCACCUGGUGCUGGCCUUUGUAUAGAAACAAUUCACGGGCCUUUGUUCUUGGUUGCUGAUACCUGGGAGUCUCUUGAUGGUUGGUUAGAUGCUAUACGCUUAGUGUACACCAUAUUUGCACGAGGAAAAAGUGAUGUAUUGGCAGGUAUCAUUACUGGUUGAUCUAUUGUUGUAUGUACGAGUGCGUCGAGCAACAGAUAUGUCCAUUUUAACCACCCAUAUUCUUUUAAUCAGCUUGAUUGCUCCGAGUGUUUUCUUCCUUAUCUCGCAUCUGUAGAGUACAAGUUGAUCUGUAGGUCCCUACCAAAGUACCAAUCAUAGGCUACGUCCGACACAUUUUUUGUAUCUUUGUAUGUGUAAAACAUGUCAAUGUCAUUGAAGUACGACUACAUUAUACUAGAUGAGAUGAGUAUCGAUUGUCAUCUAGUUCAAAUGAUUGAAUUC